AUGGUGACCGUGCACCGCAACGAGGAGGGGCGCCAGGGGCAGCUGUCCACGGACCUGGACAUCCUGUGGCUGCUGUUCGGGGCGUACUUGGUGUUCUUCAUGCAGUGCGGCUUCGCCCUGCUGGAGGCGGGCAGUGUGAGGGCCAAGAACACGAAGAACAUCCUGCUGAAGAAUGUGCUGGACACCUCACUGGGCUCCCUGGUGUGGUGGGCGUGGGGAUUCCCGUUCGCCUACGGCGAGAAUGGCGACCACCCCAACGAGUUCAUUGGAGGCACGAAUUUGUUCAUGUCAAACAGUAACGACGUUUCACCCAGGGACGACGAGGUGGGCUUCAACAACGCCAACAGAUAUUUUGCUUUUUGGCUGUUCACUUGGGCCUUCGCAACGACGGCCACCACCAUCGUGUCAGGAGCAGUGGCGGAACGCUGCCAAUUUCGGGCUUAUGUAAUCUACACCAUCGUGCUGACCGGGUUCGUGUACCCCAUCGUCGUGCACUGGGCGUGGUCCACUGAGGGCUGGCUCUCCCCCUUCAGGGUGAAUGGCGAUGGUGAAAAGGACAUCGUUUUCAGUGACACUGUGGGCCUCAUCGACUUUGCUGGCAGCGGCGUGGUCCACAUGACAGGUGGUGCCGCUGCCCUUAUGGCGGCCACAGUCCUUGGUGCCAGAUAUGGGCGCUUCAGUGCUGAGGGCAAGCCCAUCGGCCUGCCUGGCCAGUCCGUGGCCCUGGCCACUCUGGGUGUCUUCAUCCUGUGGUUUGGGUGGUAUGGAUUUAAUCCAGUGUCCACAGCAGCGUUUUAUGAGAGCAUGUACGUGGCGUCAAAGUGUGCCGUGACAACCACGCUGGCGGCCUCCGCCGGCUGUAGCACUGUGCUGACGAUCCACAUCUUGAUGAAUGGGACUCCUGAUGUGCUGCCAGCACUCAAUGGCAUCUUGGCUGGACUCGUGUCCAUAACUGCAGGUUGCUCUGUUGUGGAGCCAUAUGGUGCUGUACUCAUUGGCAUGAUCGGGGGAGCCGUCUACAAGGCCGCCUCUGCCGCCCUGCUGAGACUGCGUAUCGAUGACCCAUUGGAUGCUGGGCCAGUGCAUUUCUUUGGCGGGGUGUGGGGAGUGCUGUCGGUGGGCUUCUUUGCCACGCCUGCCAAUCUGCGCAAUGCUUAUGGAGUCGAUGUGCCCAUGAGCGAAGACUCCGCUGGUUUGUUCUAUGGUGGCAACGGCAAGCAGCUGGGCGUGCAGAUCCUGGCUGUGGUGGCCAUCGCCGCGUGGUCCUGCAGCAUAAGCCUCAUGAUGUUCCUGGUGCUCAAACACUACGGCGUCCUGCGCGUGCCUCAGGACGAAGAGAUCACGGGCCUGGACGUCUCACAGCAUUCGGGUGGACCACGGUUCCAAGUUAAUGAUCAAGAUGGGGUGAAGAUGGUGCUGGGGAGGCGCAGCUUGACAGGGACCCACGUUUCGUCGCCUCUCUCGCCGUCGUGA